AUGCGUUUCUCAGUUGCCACCCUCAUCCCUCUCUCCGCUCUUGCGGUCCCCGUCCUCUCGACUUCCGCGCAAGCUAGGGACGGCACGUACGGCGGUGUUGAUAACAAGGGCAAAGACCACCACAAUGACGGCGGCAGCAAAUACUACCAUUACGGCAACAAGGACUACGACAACAAGGACCACGGGCGCAAGGACUGCACCUGGGAGCCGGUGUUUGAGCACAAGAAUGACUUCAAGGGGUGGAACAAGGGCAAGUACACUCCCUACGACCACAAGGAUGUCAAGAAGAACUCCUACGAGAUCGAUUGCAAGAACCUGUGCGAGAAGGACGACAAAUGUAACUCUUGCCAAGCCUAUUCGAAAGAUGAAUCCGAUGACAAAUUCAUCUGCGAACUCUUCGAGGAGAUCAUCGACAUCUUGACUUGGGAAGAAGACUGUGAUGAUGACAAGGACCACAAGAAGGAUGGAAAGGACCACAAGAAAGAUGGUAAGGACGAAAAGAAAGAUGGAAAGAAAGACGACAAAGGCCGUAAGGAUGGUCACAAGUACUACGACACUUCUUGCUGGAACGCCCACUACAACUACUAGGCUUUCCUCCAUCAGUAGGCGGCGACAAUGGACAUUUGCACCACUCUGUAUGUAUAGUAUUGUAU